AUGGACAAGCCGCGAGAUACUGUUGUGAUCGAUAAAACGAACUUUGAGGUUCUUGUGCAAAAAGCCAACACCAGCAAUGAUUAUCGACUCAGGGAUAUCAUCCCCCCCGGCGAGAUUGGUCCGCUUAUGUGCCUUCCUAUGGACGAGUAUGAGGACCUUCUGCUUUCUCAACGUCAAUAUGCAAACCUGACGCGUCACCUUGCGCAAGAAGGCAUGACCGAGGAGCACAUUACGGCUUUGAGUCAGGAUGAACUUCCAAGUGUCCAGGCUGGCAAGGCCAAGUGCAAAGUCCCUCACCCAAAGCAGAAGGACGCACCUACCACACUCACCACACCCGGGCAGCCUAGGGAUGACCGUGUACUUUCUUCAGACAAGAAAGCAUCAGACAAGCAAGCAUCGGACAAGCAAGCAGCAGAAAGUACUGGGGAAAAGUCGAUGUUCUUGUCGUCUGGUAUUCAGCCACGAUUCAAAGAGUCGUGGCGCCAAGAUGUAGAUGGACUACAACUUCCCCUUGGGAACAAGACUACCUUUGUUUUGAAGGGUUUGUUGGAUAGUAUGACCUAUUGGGACAUUACCAGUGUCAUUCGCGGCGGCUCUUUGUCGAGUUUGCGAUGGGCAUCUGACAUUAAUAUCGCUUUUCUAUCUUUCGUGGAGGAAGAAGCAGCUACGUCAUUCUAUGACCACGUACAGAAAAAUGGUCUCUACAUCCAGAAUAGAAAGAUUCAAGUCUCAUGGGCUGCUCGCCCAUACAACAUCAACGGCGAGCUUGCUGCUCAGAUCCGUAAGGGUGCAAGCAGAAAUCUAAUCAUCCGAGACUGCGAGGGGAAGCUCACCGAACAAGAGAUUCGAGAGGACAUGGAGCAUAUCGAUAAACUCGUCAUCAUCAAGGUCAUGUUUUUAGAUGGCCAUUGCCAUAUCAAGACCAACGCGAUCUCCGAAGCAAUCGUCGCCAGAACUUGUAUGCAGAGUAGACGAAAGUACAAGCAAUGGGUGAUCCAAUGGGGCCACGACGAGUGCUCCGAGCCGUUUGACGGUCCGCAAGAGUCACGUUCUCCAAAGCAGAAGGCUACUUCCAACAAGAAGCCCGUUGCCCGCGGUCAGAAUCGCUUUGCCUCUCUUCGUAAAGACGAUAAUGACAACAAUCAUGGUACCUACAACGGUGGUAAUUAG